UGCCAGAUUUCUGCACAUCGCAGUGGCACAAGGUAGACGGGCUCUGGCAUAUGUGCUUGCUGCAAAAAUGGCCAUCUCUGGCUCUCUGGACACGAAAGAGCACAACGGACAGACGGCGCUUCACAUUGCGGCCACCACCAAUCAACACUUGAUUGCGCACGACCUGCUGGCGCACGGAGCGCAAGUCAACACUCGUGACUUCUGGGGCCGAUCUCCUUUGCACGUGUGUGUGGAGAAAGGCCACUUUCUCAGUCUUCAGAGCAUCUGGAGGACCCUACGUGGGAGCGGGCGACCGAUCGACAUCGACGUUUUCAAUUACGAUGGUUUAACCCCACUCCACGUAGCGGUCCUGUCUCACAAUGCGGUCGUUAAAGAGCAGCGGCGUCUGGAAAAUCCUUGUACGUAUAUGGUGGCGGAGCUGGUGCGGAGGAGACGGGCGCUUGUCGAAUGUGUUAGGACUGUGCUGCUCAUGGGCGCCUCCCACGGGACCAAGGAUCUGAAAAGCGGACGGACUUGUCUUCACAUGGCUUCUGAGGAGGCGAAUGUGGAGCUGUUGCAACUUUUCCUCGACCGGCCGUCCGCGCCGACCCUUGUAAAUAUUAAGACAUUCAGCGGAAACACCGCCCUGCACAUUGUCAGUUCUUUGCAAAACUGUCAAACUCAAGUGGAAGCGGUGAAGCUGCUGAUGAGAAAAGGAGCCGACCCCGGGUUCAAAAACUUUGAAAAUGAGCUUCCCUCUCAGCUGGUGCCCGAAGGACCCGUCGGUGAAAAGGUGCGGCAGAUCCUGAAAGGAAAACGUGUUUGCGCUUAAAUGAAGCCAAGAAACACUGUCAGUCAGACAGUCGACUCUACCUAAAUAUUAUUUGCCAAAACAAGGCAGAUGCAGGUUGUUUCGGUGAAACAUGCCACAUUGUUCAUUACCAUGUAGUGCUCAAAGGAAAGUUAUGACUGGUCAAGCUAUGACUUGUGUUUAUUUUUGUUUUUGUUUAUUGUUUUAGAUCUUGAAGCGAUACUUUAGGUUUGCUGUGGAGUAAGUGAACGUCUUGUAGAUAAAGCUCGCAGUCAUCAGUCGGGAGGAAUCACGGUCGUUUGGACAGAUUUCACUGUUAAUACCUUAUGGGAUCAUUUGGGCUAUUUAAAAAUAUGCAUAUUUUCUCGACAUGUAAAAUAACGCAAGUCACGUCGACGUAAUUUUAUUGCGAAAAGGUUUGAGUGUGAUGUUUGUUUCAAGAGGUUUCAACAUUGCACAUUUUGUACAUAUCGAUAUAUAACUAUACAGCACGCCGUGCAUUAAGAAUGUGUGUGAUUUUCAACUCAAUAAAUAGUCUCUUCACAAUGAAAAGUUUAAACUUGAUUUUGAUGUUUCCCGAUAUAUUUUUCCCACAGGUGUAAAAAUGGGUUUUGACCGAUUUUAGUUGAGGUUCUGGCAAUCAUACCGGCGAUCGCCGACAAAACGAUCGAACCGCUUCGGUCAAUAAUCGAUCCGACGAUGCGGUCCGAUGUUGAAAUGUAUUUAUUUGAAUUUGUUUCCAACCAUCAACUUACACGUUCAUACAGUGUCGUCCGGUUAUCCCCGUGCGUUUACAAUAAUGUUGUACAGACACACGGAAAACAUUUACAGUUUACGUCAAUGAAACGCCAGACGCCAUCGUGGCAAUUUUCAGCAAACAGC